GGGUGGAAGUGAGAUGGCAUCCAGGGAGAAGAGACCCCUAGCGCCUUCGAAAUCCAAACAGAAGGCGAAUAAUGAUAGCAGCUCGCUGCCUGCUGCCGACAACAAUCGAAGCUGUACUAAGAAAUCAAAACUCUUGCCAAAUCCCAGAACACAGUUAGCUCGUGAUAUAUUCGAGGCCGUGGCGACGGGCAGCCAGUUACCGGCAAAGCUUGAGGCGAGUUUGCCCCGUAAGCGGGUUCUUCAGACAGCCCUCAAACGUAAGCAGAAGGCAAAAAAGACGCUUAUAAAGGUCAAGCAGAAGGUACCGAUUAAAGCCCUCAAGAGAAUUGCUGAUGCCAAGAAGAUUUUGAAUAGAAAGAAGAGAGCAGUAAAGUCAUUAGCUCGGCAGUUGACAAUUGACAGUACUAUAGAGAGUAGUCCUGAAUCAGAGGAGACGAAAAGUAAGUAUAAAACCGCCAAAAAGUCAAAAGUUCCUGCAAAAAUUAGCGAAGAAGCGGAGAGUGAGACUCUGGACAAGAGCAGUCCAAAGUUGGGCAAGAAGAUUAUAGAGUCUUCUCCAAAGAGUGCAAAAGGUAGCAAGGCAGCGGCAGCAUCAGUAGUACAAAAGAGGAACGAUAGCAAGGAAAGAGAUCUAAAGGUUAAGCGAAGUUUGAGUAAGGAACCAGAAGAUCUAAAGCAGGUGAAAACAGAGUCAGUUAGUGAUAACUCUUAUGAGCUUACAAUAGAGGAGGUCAUAGCUUCUUCGAUGCUCGUUGGACCUGAAGUGGUUAAGGGACAACAGUCUGCUUUGGAAGGUGAAUUAAAAGGGAAGAGGAUUUUAAAAAAUAUAACUAUCAAGAGAAGUUUGAGGAACGGAAAACUUCGCCAGUCUUUAUCAAUAAUUGAGACAGAAUCUGAUCAGAAGAAGAUUUCCGCCAUGUCGGAAACAAACGUGGACAAUGGUGUAGAGACAAAGUCUGCCAGUUUGUCUGACAGCGUUGACGUUAAGGACAGCAGCGUUGUCAUAAAAAGCGAGUCGAGCGACAAUUCGUCUACGACCAACCACGUGAGCGACACACCGGAUAUCGAGAGAAACAACAACGGUUGCGAGGGUGGCGAAAGUGAACGAAUAGAGGAAAUCGGACCAACGCUGCGCUCUAAAACGAAGGCACGCAAUUCAGAUAGCAAUAGCGAUGUUAAAUCUGUUGAUAGCGAUGUCAAAGUCGAGGAUAAUAGUCGCAGCGCUGUGAAAAGUGAGUCAGACGCGAUAAAAAAGGAUCGACUUUUAUCAAAAUUUGUCGAAACGAGAAGUUCUACUGGAGCUAUAAAUAAUGCACCUAAGAGUCGCAGGAGCAGUCUAAACAUCGACAUGAGGCGCACAUCGUUGUAUACAAGUGGUAGCGACAAAAUUACAGUAGAUGGUGGAUCAAAGUCACAAAUCGAUCAAAUGAUCGAUAAAAUUAAACUGACGAUUGCCAAGACGAUUGAGAGUAAAAUCUACAAACCAGAUAAUAAAGGCUUGAUAUUAGGCAAGAGCUUUGAGGUGCCUAAAAUCGAGGAGAUUGUGGCACCCCUCAGCAAUGAUACGACGACGCCAAAGCUGGAGGACGAUGCUGAGGAGGAAAAGCCGAAUGUAUCUAAGAGCAGAGAAUUAAAUACGGGAAUCGGCCCGAGUACGGCGAAGAAGGAACUGAAGGUGGAGGACGCGGAGAAUUCGGUGCCGAGGGUGGCCGAUACUGCCAAAGAAAUCGAGAAACUAGUCAUGGGCGACAUCGAGCCGGCUGAAUCCCAGCCGCAACAAGAGAAGAGUGAACAACCGGUCGACGACAAUGAUGCCUCCGUUGGCGUCGAGUUGGAGGAUGCUUUAAAGAAGGACGAGCAGAUAAACGACAAGGGGAGUCAGCAGAGUGCAAGUACAGAGAAUCUCGAUGAUUCUGGAAAAGACUCGACUGUUAAGCAGCCCGAUGACGUAAAGAAAUCUGCCUCAACAUGCUCAAUACGAAAAUCUACAAGAGCAACAGUGGCAAAGUCUUCAAAUGUUUCAGAAGUAAAAAAAUCUAUGAGUACGCAAGAUAUUUGCAAUGAAUUGGAGAAACUUGAUGAAGAAGAGAUUAAAACACCGGAAAAAGAAAAAACCUCAAUUUUAAAUAUUAAACCUGAAGAAAAUGGGGCUAAAGCUACCGAGGAAGAAACAUCUAGCGAAGCUUCUAGCAUUAAAUGUGACACAGAUGAAAUCGAAAAUAAAGAUCUAACAGAAGAUUCAACAGAUGUAGAUAAGGUUGAUGAUGUAAUUACUCCCGAAAUUUGCACGGAAAAUGAAAAAAUAGAAUGUGAAGAAUCUAAUGGAUCUGAAAAGAAUGAAGAGACUUUAGAAAGUUUAUCUAUGGAAGUUGAAAGACUUGUUGAGGCCGAUGAUAAUGAAAAGACGACAGAAAAAAUAUCCGAAAUUACGGAAAAUGAGGGCUCAUCUGACGUAGAAAUGCGAUUAAUGAUUGACGAAGAAGUUGCAGAUUUAGCUCAUGAAGAAUCAGAUUCGAAAAGUUCUGAAUUACAAAUAAACAAUAAUAAAGAUGGCUGUGAUGAAAAAAAUUGUACUGAAAGUCCCGAAGAUGUACAGAAAAACGAACCUGAAGUAGAAUUUUCAAAUGUUACACAAGAAAAUAAAGAAACAGGAAUUAUUUCUCCAAAAUUGAUAGUAUCUGAUGAUAAACCAAAAGAUACUGUUAAAACGAAAUUAACUGAGAUCGAUGAGGUUGAAGAACAAAAAGAAAAUAGACGAGUUCUCAGAACUAGGGCUGACAAACAGAAAAAAGUCGAAACAAUCAAAUCUGGAUCUACUUCAAUUCCUCUUGCUCAAGACAAGUCUGAAGUAAAAGUAAUAAAGAUCGAUGAUACUAUCAUUUCUGAAGUGCCUUUAAUAACUUCGCAGAAUAACACUGAAUCAGACAAUACUGGUAGUAACCAAAGUCAAGCAUCAACCAAUGAAACAACUGAUUUGAUGGAAGCAACUGCAACUAUAAAAGUAGAAGUGGAGGAACAACAUGAACCGCAAAUCCGAACUCGACGUGGUAGAGAAGCGAAGAAGCCACCACAAAUCCAAGUUGUAAAGGGCAAACGUGGACCAAAAAAACAGGAAACAAAAAAAAUUGAAUCGCAGCAACAGAACAAAGAGGAAACACUGCUGGAUAAUGAAGUGGCUAAAAUUAACGAAAACGAUCGAUCUUCGGGUUAUUUAAAAACAGAUGAAAGUUUGCGAGGAUUUUCGGCGAAUGCCGGAAGUAACGCAGAACAGCAAAAGCUAGAAGUGCAAGAAACAAAAGGUCGUAGUAAAUCUGAAAACGAUGUACGAUCUACCAAAUUAACUAACGACAUAUUAAAAUCUGAGAGCGCGGACCUUACUUCUUUAGUAGAAACGGAAACCACAGAUACAACGGAAGUGACGGAACCGAUUGAAGUUGAGUGCAAAGGGACCAUUACAAAAGAUUCAGAUGAAGCGUCAACUUCCGGUGAAUCCUCUAGCAGUGUGGAAAAAAUUUUAGAAACGCCCGAGGACAGAGCAAAAAAAGAGGAUAUUCUAAGGCAAUUAGGCUUGGAAUCAUGGCAAAGAGUAAAGGAAAGAAAGGCGAAAAAGGAACAGCAAUAUACUGGCACGCUUAAGACGAUAAUUAGGUUACAAAAGGAAAAAGAAGGAAAGAAGAGGUCUAGAUCACCACUGAAAAUGGUACUUAAACAACAAGGACGAAUGGAUGGAGAAGAGUCUUUCGAUUUUUACACCAUUCAGAAGGAGUUUGGAAGCAGUGGUUUGGUCGAUAGCAGUUCUGGUGCGAACCGAAAGUUACCUACUAACCCCAGACACUCUUGCGACGAAGAUAAUGAUGAUGCACCAUUGAAAGAUAGACAGUCCCUUGUUAUUCCUGAAAAAUCCUCAUCCUUUUCAAUUCAUCCGGGGCGGCUUUGCGCUGACAAUUGCUGUUACUGUCAUGGGAAGUUUGGCUCCUUGGACACUCCCAUGCAUCUUGCACAAAUGAAAUCAGACGAAAGGAGAAAAAAGAUUUUGGAAAAUGAAGUACAUUUAACAAAGGACUCGUGUCUUUGUGAUGCUUGUUACCGACACGUUGACAGAAAAGCAAAUAUGAGCCCUACAAAUAUGCAAUUAAAACCACAACGACAACAUAGACAAUCCAUAAUGGGAUGUAUGGCUCGUAAUUGUUCGGAAUCUGCUAGACAUCAUGUAAAGCGUCGAUGGCUUCUUAAAAUCAAACCUAAUCUAAGGAAUCAGGUGGACAUUAAUUGGGAAUCAACGCAACAUAAUCUUAUGACAUUUUGUGGUACACAUUAUACCAAGAUUGAACGGUUUUUAACUUGCACGCUUUGUAAGCGACGACUAACGCGUAAUUAUACAUAUCCACUUGGAUUGACGGCCACAUCGACCGAGGAGCUCAAUAAACGUCUUCGACAACAGGGCAUACCCGCAGCAAUGGUGGUGAAUACUUUCGUGUGUAGAUUAUGUCGAUAUUUCACCAAGCUGUAUCUAAAAAAUAAUGAUUUCGAGAAUAUGAGUGACAAUAACAAAGACUUUCAUAAAAAAUACAGGAAAAAACUUUUAUACUAUCACGAUAUCGAUGUGCCAGAUAGUGAAGAAGAAACGGACUCUUCUAACCAAAUUUCCAAAAACAAAGAAAAAGGCCGACCUCCUGGUACUGUUGGCAGGAAGCCUAAAUGUGGAUCGUCAGGUAUCAAACUUCCUAUUUCCAAAUCACCGGAUAAUAUGGAGAGCCACUCUACGAGUACGUCGGAGAAAUCGAGUCCUGAGCCUCCAAAGACUGAGUCUGGUGAACCCGAGGCGCACAUCAAGGGUGAAGCUGGUAGUUCCGCGGAUGGUCGUUUCUUAGGUAUAGAAGGCGCUAUUGAGAAAUUAAAGAAGCGCAAAGCCUUGGAUACAGGCCAUGGUCCUCGAAAUUUAUUGAGCAGUGUAGCCGAAGUGACCAGUAACGGUGACAAUAGUGCUAGGGACGUCGUUGAAAUCCUCGCCAUGGAUAAAGAAGUGACUCUUACGAGAUUGCCGAAGAGGCCACGUUUAACCAAUAAUAAUACGACUAACGACAUAACACCGGUAGUGCAGCGACUCGGAGCAAACCCCUCGAUAAGUGUACGUACACUCUUCCCCGGAGAGGAAGAGAUGAGUCUUCACGCGAACGUGGAAUUCGGUAAUGUGAGGGAAGUAACGCCCCAAGGGUGGGAGAAGUGUGCGACUAUGAUUCAAUAUGAUAGGGACACAAAAAUGUUGUGGCAAGAGUUACAAAGGCCGUAUGGUAAUCAGAGCAGCUUUCUCAGGCAUCUUAUAUUAUUGGAGAAAUAUUACAGGUCUGGUGACUUGAUAUUGGCGCCAAAUGCUUCUAGGAACGCAAUAAAUUACUCGACUUCGGUGCAGAAUCGUUUAAUUUCGUACGAAGGUCCAGAGAAGCCAGAGGAGCUGAUUAUCGAAGCGCCUACUAUAAUGGAGCACAGUAGCUCACGUCGUCUAAGCGGUGGUUACAUCCUCGAGAAUCGUGAGCACAGGUCGUCCUCCAUUAGUGCCUCGGCAACGAGCAGCAGUACUUCAAGUUUCGCCAACGUAGCGGCACAAUUAUCGAAGCUCGAUGCAUCAUCUCGACCGAUGAAACUCACUCCUGGUCUAUCGAUAAUUAAAAAACCACCACCGAACUUGCAGCGACUCAAUCUUGGUAGUGGUAGUGGUGGCCUUGGCGUUGGUGGUGUAAAUGGAAGUGCGAAGAGGAAAGAAUCGUUACCUGUACAGAAAGGAGGAGCAAACGCGAGUCUCACGACGCCUGGUGGUAAAGUUUUUCAGUUGACAGAACCCGAUUUCAAGAGGCUACAGAAUCUUAAAAGACAGAAGCAAAUGAAUGAAAGGCAAACAACCUCAAGUCCUAAUAGUGGUUCAGGAAGCUCGAGUUCACCACCUAGUAAUUAUAAGAAUGCAACGUCAUUAGCCGCACAGUACCAGAAAGCCCAGCAACUUGCAGCCCAGUCACAAUUCCAGAAGCAUUUGCGCAUGCAACAGGAGAUGCUUAACCAACGCAGCCGCGGUGAUUUCGAGCCUCUUAUUUGCGAUAUCCGCAGUCUUGCAAAUGAAAACACACCAACGCAAAAUCUCAUCAACAACCUGAAUUUGCCAAAGUCAAUACAGGUUACGACUAAGGCGCCAACGGCUACGAGUACACCUAUUCCUAUUCUACCGAAGAUACCUAAGAGCCUGACGGUGAUCCCGCAGACGGUUGCUAGAACCCAAGACAAGUGAUACCCGCGAAGGAAGAGGCGGUCGAUUGCCGCCUCGAGUCGGGAUUUUUUCUUUUACGGUUCUUGUGACCAUCGUGGAUGAAGAUAUUUUCACUUGUGUGUGUUCCCGCUCCCAUUAUCCCACUUUUUUCGACAGAGAGAAAAAAGAAGUGAGUUCUUUUUAAAAAUGUAGGAGCAACCAAAGCUGUGUUGAUAAACUGAAAAAGUGCCUAAUGAAAGUGACUUAAGAUGUGAAAAUUUAUUGAAUUUUUUUGAAAAAGAAGAGAUGCAUCUCGUCGUUUUUUAAUAUUAUUAUUUUUUUUUUCGUACUGAAGUUGAAGAUGAUUAUGAACCUUUAAAGGAACGUUUAAAGGAAUAAUAGUUUGAACGAAGAAUUUUUAAAUAUUCGUACG